UCAGUCUGUCACAGUAAAAACGUCAGUCGCGGUCUGCCAGUGCAUCUUUGCAAGUCCAGUUAUUUUCUCGCAAAUAAAUUUAUAUUUUCGAUAUUUUCACUGUUUUUCGUACAGAAAAGUGCAUUAUUGUAAAGUUUUACUUGAAUCAUUACAACCGGGAAGCAUGGAAGUGGGCAAUGAAGAGGCAGAUAUACCCACAACCCUGCAACAACUUUGCCGUCUGUGUUUGGGAGACGAAUCUCUGGAGGAUAUUUUCUCCCAAGAUGACCUCCAUGAAUGGAUUUCGGAUUUUCUGUCGAUAAUGGUUUGCGUGGAUGAUAAGAUAAGCAAAUCGAUCUGCUUCUGCUGCCGGACACGGUUGACCGAGUUCCGGAACUUCCAGCAGCAAUGUCUCGAAGUGCAGGAUGUGCUCCAGGGCGAAAUGACGGCGAUUCUCAACGAAAAAGCUCUGCAGCUGAUAGUCGCUGAUCCGGAGAGUGAUGUCCCCCAGGUGGAGAACCUUCCGGUGGAAUGGGAAAUGGUUCCGGUCACUUCCCACCAGGUAUUGCCGCCAGAGUCGAAAGAGAAGAGUGAUCUUCCGGAGAAACCGGUUGAAUGGGAAGAUGUAAUUCCUGAAGCCCAAGAAUCAUCUUCGAAUGUAGUUUCGGAUGUAUCAAAAUCGGAUGUGAGUACUGUGGAAACUGCGAGUCCCCAUAAGGAGGAAGUUCCUAAGAGUAAAAAGCUACCAGCUUCCGAUAAGCCAUCUCAAAAAGCAGCGACUCCAACAACGCACCAAGCAGUCACUUACAAAUGUGAAGUUUGUCCCAAAGAGUACCAAACCAAGAGGCAACUAUCGAACCACAGAUCGACGCACAUCAAGCGAUAUGCGUGCGCUAUUUGUAGCAAAGCGUUUUUCAGACCUUUUCGUUUGAAAAACCAUAUGAAAACACAUAACAAACCAGGCAGUGUACAGCCAACGGCCGAAUCCGUUGCUCCGAUUGCCGUAUCCGUUGCUCCGAUCACUGAAUCCGUUGGUUCGAUUGCUGAAUCCGUUGCUCUGAUUGUCAAAUCCGUUGCUCCGAUUACUGAAUCCGUUGCUCCGAUCGAAGGCAUCGAAGAGCCAAGCGCAAAUAACCAAACGGAUAAAGUUUCGGAGCACAUUGAGGAAACAUCUACCCAAUCAACCGCAGAAGAAAUCGAAUCUACAACAGUUGCAAGUCACGACAUUCGUGCGAUAAAGGUUGAAGAACUAAUGAUCGAAGAUCUGGAAAUAGAUGAACAUGAACCCAUUUCCGAAACAGCCCAUGUUAGCACCGAGGCGACCACAACUUCGACCGAAGUCGCAGAAAGUGCUAAGGCAGACAAAAGUAAGGAAAAACAACCGAAAGGUUCACCCGCAAAAACAGCCAAAUCAAGUGGUCUCGAAUGCGCAGACUGUGGGAAACAGUUCGUGAGCAGGAAACAGUACCGAGGCCACAGAUGGUUCGUCCACAGUCCGAAGACUCACAUAUGCUCCGUUUGCGGCAAAGGUUACGUCUCAGCCGGACGCUUGGCAGUCCAUCAGAAGUGCCACCGAGGGCAGGAGCCAAGACCGCACAUCGUGAUUCCCCCAUCGUCGGAAACAAUCCAGAUCGCGGACGGAGAUCAGACUUCCAUCAUUCACAUAAACAGAGACGAAUCCGUUCAGUGCGAAGUGUGUGGCAAGAAGUACAGCGACAAAAAACGGCUAAAUGUGCACCGAAGGAUUAUCCAUGGAUCGGCAAAGCACGUGUGUCCCAUCUGCAGCAGGAGUUUCAAUAUCAGAGAAUGCAUGAUAAAGCAUAUGCUGAUCCACAGAGAGACUCGCAAAAGCAUCUAUCAACCGAACGAGGAAAUCUUCGACGAUCCGCUUCAUGGACCCAGGGUUCACACGUGUUCCAUAUGUAAAGAAUCGUUUGUACAACUCCGUGGCUUGGAAGCUCAUAAAGCCACCCAUGGUCGGACCAAGGAUCAUCUGAAACAAAAACUGGACAGGAUACGCUGCAAGUCCAAGCAGGUGACCAUCACCCAGGGCGAUAAGAGCUACGAAAUGUUCGAAUGCCCGCAAUGUCACAAGUAUGUGUCAACCAGGAGGCAACUCUUUGACCACCGGAAGAGGGUUCACAAACCGAGGAAGUAUGCGUGUCCUAUUUGCGGAAAGCCUUUUGUAACACGGCAAGAUAUGUAUAUGCACAUCAAGAGUCACGAUAAUACAUCGCGAAGGAAAAGGGAUAACCUCCGCAACCAGGACGGUUUAUUCAUAUGUGAAAUAUGCGAUAGAGUGCUGGGAUCGAAGUGUACGCUAGUUUCCCAUCUCAGAUUGGUGCAUGGAAACAGGAGAUAUGUCUGUUCGUACGAUCAUUGUAAAAAGAAGUUUAUGACAAAUUAUGAUAUGAAGAAACACAUGCUGGUCCAUAAUCCAGACAAUAAAAGCAUGUUUCAAUGCCAUUUAUGCAUCUGCCGUUUCAUUACCAAAUCUAAAUUGGUAAAUCACCUUCAGUGGCACGAGCGGAAGGAAAAGUUGCGUGAAAAGCUGAGCAUGGACAAGCCACAGCGUGAAGUUCAUGAGGUUCAAGUGAAUGCGAACGAUUCCGUAGUCGUAACUGUGUUUGACGUUGAUGCCAGCGAAAUCGACCAAAUGCCAAGCAGUGAAGACAAAGUCGAAGAUUUUCUCCAAAAGAAAUGUCGAUGGAUCGACGAUUCCGGUGGUAAACCAACAGUAGUGGAGGUACGAUACGGUACGGUGCAGGACUCCGAAGGUCGUAUCAAGAAAGGGUGCGAAGCAAUUCCAACGCAGGCGUGUACAGUUUGCGACCAACAGAUUCAGGUGUCCCUCAUGGAAGGCCAUUUGAACAGACAUGCAGGUAUUCGACCGUACAAAUGCGAAAAAGGCUGCAAAGAUGCGUAUUUCUACUGUCAGCUGCUGUUGAGAACUCAUCACACACGUGCACACGGCAAUCUACCAUCUCAGUGCAACAUAUGCCAUAAGGUUUAUCCAUCUAGACUGCGAAUGAGGUCACAUCAACGGGAAGUUCAUGAGAAGAUCCACGUCUGUAUGAACUGUCCGCAGAUUUUCGAUUCGAGUGCCAGUCUCAAAAAGCACAUCGAAACUGCCAACCACACGAAACGGUAUCCGUGUCCGAAGUGUAAUAGCUCGUUCGAUCGGCAGUAUCAGUUGAACAAACAUCUGAAGAAGCACGAGGAUGCUGCCGAGGGAGACAAGCCGAUGGAGGUGGAGGAUUCCAUCGAGGUGGAAGAGGUGAAGAUUGAGUCGCGAGUCGAUGAGGACGAGGAAAUGCCAAGCAAAGCAUAAAUUUGUACUAGGAACACACCAUCAAUGCAUGCAAGUGUGUUGGACAUAUAAGACUUAUAGAAUUAUUACGCAUACACUCUCUUACAGUAAGUAUAUAAACAGAUAUAAGCACAUU